AUGCACCAGUCCACACAACGCUCCAGUUCCGGGAUCCCCCCCGGGUACAACGCACAGGUCGGAAAGCUCCAGACUUUUAUCCUACCCGCCCAAGUAACUGGAACCGAGAGUGAUAAGAAACUGGGAGAAGAGCUCGUGGCUGCCUUGCAGCAGGAUGGCAUCCUACAAGUUGCCAUGACCUCAAAGCAGCAGGCGCUAUACAAAGCUGCCAACGACGCCAGCAAGAGGUUUUUCCAGAAACCAUACUCCCAAAAAGCCGCCUGUAUAGACAGUCAGAGCUAUGCAGGCUACAUCGCUAGCGGCGAAGAAUUGACCGAUGGCCUAGCAGACUACAGUGAGAUUUUUACUGUCACGAAAGAUCUUGAACUUGACGACCCUCGGGUCCUCGCGAGGUGGCCAUGUCAUGGUCGCUGCCCAUGGCCGGACGCCGACCUGCGAAACCCAAUGAGAGCCUACAUGGACUCUCUCGGUGAAAACGGCGAGAAGCUUCUCGCUCUGCUCGAGCAAGGGCUUGGAAUACCCUCGGGAGCCCUGACGAAUAUGACUCAGGAUGGUUGGCACCACAUGCGUGUCUUGCGCUUCCCUGCAACCAAUGAUACUAAUGGCAAGGGAAAGGAUGGCCGUGGCAUCGGAUCGCAUACUGACUAUGGACUACUUGUCAUAGCGGCUGCGGACGAAGUGGGCGCCUUGUUUAUUCGGCCACCUCGGGAGAAUGAGUCAUUCGCCAAUUGGAACACGAGUGCAGCCGGCUUUAAGGAGGAUGACGAAGGCUGGGUAUUUGUCCCCCCAGUGGAGGGUGUCUUUACUGUCUUUCCAGGCGACAUGAUGCAGUAUAUGACCAAUUCGGCCCUUCCCUCCACCCCUCACAAAGUUGGUCUCAAUAUUGAUGAGAGAUUUGCCUUUGCCUACUUCCACGAGCCUAACUUCCAGGCCGUCGUUAAGCCUCUCCCAGGCUAUGACGCGGGUCAAGAGCCUCGUGGGGGUAUACAUUACGGGAAGCAUUUCACAGAUAUGUUCAUCCGGAACUACCCUGAACGCAUCACUACAGAGAGGCUGCAGAGUGAGGGUCGAUACAAGUUGUUGGAGACUGAAAGCCUUCGCACUAUAUAA